UUUGAAACGCUCGCUGCCGGAGAGGGCGCUUUUGGAUAGAUACCCUGCCGGCGCUGCAGUUGCGCAGAACAAGAAAAUGAUGGUCUGCGCAGCUCUCACAAGGUCGAUUCGCUUUUUUAAGCGAACACACCCUAUCGGCGAGCCACGGCGAAAAGAUGACGAAGGGUACUUCGAGCUUUGGUAAGCGGCGCAAUAAGACUCACACCCUGUGCAGGAGGUGUGGAAGGUCGGCGUAUCACAUUCAGAAGAAGACCUGUGCACAGUGUGGAUACCCCAGCAGACGCCUUAGGCACUUCAACUGGAGUAUUAAGGCUCAGCGCAGGAAAACUACCGGCACUGGUCGUAUGCGUUUCUUGAAGAUUGUACGCAGGCGUUUCAGGAAUGGAUUCCGUGAGGGAGGAAAGCCCACACCCCGCAAGGCUGUUGCUUCAUCAUAAACGCCACGUUACUUUCUUAAGUCUCAACUAAAAAUUGUAAAAGUGUGUACGACUGCUGUCUUGGAUAAAAUAAGCCAUCUUACACAAA